UAUUUUUUUUUUAUUCUUUGUUAAGUUGGACUACCUGUAAUUUUGACAUUCAUCUCUCGAGCUGAGGAGUUGUAGUCGACCAAAAAAAUGUUUACAAAAUCAAAUAAUAAAGUGAAAUUUCAAGACCAGCAACUGGAUGACUACGUUUUGGAGAAUUCAGUUUUAAAGAGUAAGCUGCAAAGCAAGAUUGAUGCUCUUUCUAUAAUGAGCCGAGAGUUAGACAAAUGUAGCAUGGAGAGGGACCGGUACAAAGUGUUGGUGGAGCAGCUGAAGUGUAAACAAACCCAGCCACUGCAGCAUCAGGAAAAUGUUUAUCGGUUUACACCAACUCACACAAUUAGCGGUGGUGAGAUGCUUGCUAAAACUAGAGACCAGAAUAGUAUGCUUAAAGUAGAGGUGGAGACAUUGCGCAGUAAGUUAGAAGAGUCAACAUUAGACAUUGUUGCUCUAAGAAAGCAGCUACAGAAGGAGUCACAGGAUGAUCUGAAUGGCAGGAGAGUGACUGUAUCAUCAGGUUACUCGAAUAAGGAUUAUGAACAACUUGUACAAGAGUUAGAGAAGAUACACAAGAAGUAUCAACAAAUUCAACUAGACUACAGAGCCACACUAGAUGAAAAAGAGGAGUUGGUUGCUGACAGAGAUUACUACAAGAGCAAGGUUCAGAGGCUCAACCAUCAGAUCAGCUACAUCUUGUCCAACCGUAUGAAACCACAGCAGGACAGCGACACAAACCCCCCAAAACCCAUAGUGGACAUUGAUGCUUUGGUUACAGAAAACAAAUACUUACAUGAAAGAAUAACUCAGCUGCAAGUUGAAAAGGAAAUUAUCAAAAGAAACUUAACUAAAUACAAGACCCUACUUGAUAAUCGGAACAAGAAUGAAACAUUAAAUCUAAAGAAAGGAUUUGUGGAUGUCAUGACACAAAAGCAGGUUCGAGAUUUUCUGGACAUAAACUCAAAAACAGGUUUGAAGAGGAAUUCGGCAGCUGAAAUGAAGUCCUUAUGCCUUGGAUUAUUCGAGGCACUAAAUGAUAAGUCCAUAGCCCUGCAACAUCAGAGGAAAACCAACCAAAUAUUAGCGAACCGGAUUACUGAGCUAGAGAAGACUUUAGAGAGUUGGUGCAAUGGCGAGAAAUACAUACCAAUAUUUCCGUCACAAAUGUUGCUAGAAGAAUUUCUGCCCGAUGGGGGUUCAGUCAAAUCAGAAGAGACUAAAGACAAAAACAUUAACGAAUCUCGGGAGAAUACAGACGUGAAAGAUAAAUAUUCUGAUAGUGAAGAUGAUGAUAAGGAAAACAGUGAUGGAUCAUCAGAUAUUAGGAGUGAUGACGGAGGCAGUUCAGAGUAUGCUGAUAAGGGUAUCCCUUCUAAAAUUGUUCUGCCUUUAGAACUAGAACAACUAGUCAAAGAAGCUCUGGCCGAAUUAAAGCCUAUGGGAUAAAAAUAUAGCAUAAAAGCUAAUGAAUAAUAUUACAUUCCAAAGACACUUAACUAAUCUAGUCUAUUAAAAUCAAUUGUCUAGUCCAAUUUUACUGUAUGUUUUAAACUGUUUUAGAGUAUUUAUGUAUCGUAAUUUAAUCAUGUACAAUUAGUUAUUAUUGAAUAAAGAAUUUAUUGUCAUUUUA